UUUCACCUUCUUUCCGUUCACUACAGCGCACUAUGGCCGAGCGUAAGCAGAAUUGGAGCAGGGAGGAGAAUGAUGACUUACCGGUGUAUCUCGCCCGUCCCGGAACGGCCGACCAGGUACCCCGGCAAAAAUACGGAGGUAUGUUUUGCAACGUUGAGGGAGCAUACGAGAGCAAAACCAUUGAUUUUGAUGCUCUGAGCGUCGGUCAGCGUGGGAACAGAACCCCUAGGACUGCUAAACCGGAGAACGCGCAGGAGGCGAGGAGCCCUACAAGUGAGAGGUCUCCAUGUAAAGAAAGUGUAAUUUGGCACGAUAUGAGAGACUCUGGCACAGAGAGAAAAUGUACCAGAGGCAAGGAAGUCCUACAGAACCUGGGUGAUGAAAAGAGCGACAGGCUUCUGGUCAAAGGCGGGAGGAUUGUCAAUGAUGACCAGUCCUUUUAUGCUGACAUCUACAUGGAGGAUGGCGUCAUUAAGCAGAUUGGAGACAACCUGAUCGUCCCAGGAGGGAUCAAGACCGUCGAGGCCAACGGCAAGAUGGUGAUCCCCGGUGGCAUUGACAUCCACACACACUUCCAGAUGCCCUACCGGGGCACCACCACCGUAGAUGACUUCUCCCAGGGAUCCAAGGCGGCCCUGGCUGGGGGAACCACCAUGAUCGUGGACCAUGUGAUCCCAGAGCCGGGCAACAGUCUGAUUGAGGCCUUUGAGCAGUGGAGGAGCUGGGCCGAUGAAAAGACCUGCUGUGACUACUCCCUCCAUGUGGACAUCACCCACUGGAACGACAGCGUCAAGCAGGAAGUAGACACACUGCUCAAGGAGAAAGGUGUGAACUCUUUCCAGGUCUACAUGGCCUAUAAGGACUUCUACCAGAUGAGCAACAGUGAGCUGUAUGAGAUCUUUACCUUCCUGGGAGAGAUGGGUGGCAUUGUGCAGGUCCAUGCUGAGAAUGGAGAGAUCAUCGCCGAGGAGCAGGCACGCAUGCUGGAGAUGGGAAUCACUGGACCAGAGGGACACGUGCUGAGCAGGCCAGAGGAGCUGGAGGCGGAGGCUGUGUUCCGUGCCAUCACCAUUGCCAGCCAGACCAACUGCCCCCUGUACGUGACCAGGGUCAUGAGCAAGAGUGCUGCCGACAUCAUCUCACAGGCCAGGAAAAAAGGUAACGUUGUGUUCGGCGAGCCAAUCACGGCCAGCCUCGGGACUGACGGGACGCACUAUUGGAGCAAGAACUGGGCCAAGGCCGCCUCCUUUGUGACAUCACCCCCCCUCAGCCCGGACCCCACCACCCCGGACUACCUGAACACGUUACUGGCCAGUGGUGACCUGAACGUGACUGGCAGUGCCCACUGCACCUUCAGCGUGGCCCAGAAGGCCAUAGGGAAGGAUGACUUCACUCAGAUCCCUGAGGGCGUGAACGGAGUGGAGGAGAGGAUGUCCCUCAUCUGGGACAAGGCUGUGACCACCGGCAAGAUGGACGAGAACAUGUUUGUUGCCGUGACGAGCACCAACGCCGCCAAGAUCCUGAACCUGUACCCCCGUAAAGGCCGGGUUGCCGUGGGCUCCGACGCCGACCUGGUCAUCUGGGACUCGGACGCUGUCCGCACCAUCACCGCCAAGACGCACAACUCGGCUGCUGAGUUCAACGUGUUUGAGGGCAUGGAGCUGCGUGGUGCCCCCUCGGUGGUGAUUUGCCAGGGGAAGCUGGUGCUGGAGGAUGGGAACCUGCACGCCAUCCCCGGGGUCGGUCGCUUCAUCCCAUGCACCCCCUUCCCAGACUUUGCCUACAAGCGCAUCAAGGCCAGGAAGCAGCUGGCAGUCCUGCGGGCAGUGCCCAGGGGCAUGUAUGAUGGCCCCGUGUCUGACUUCUCGCCCAUGUCCCGUGGCGGUACCCCCUCAGCGUCUGCCCGCACCUCCCCCACCAAGCAGCCCGUGAGGAACCUCCACCACUCGGCCUUUAGCUUAGCAGGUAACCCUGCACAACGCGGUCCCCCCACCACAGAGGAUCUCCCCAUCCGGCCAGCGGGACGCCGCAUCGUAGUUCCCCCCGGUGGUCGCUCCAACAUCACAUCCCUCAGCUAAGAGGUUGAACCAGGAUAGAGACCAGUCAGAAGAUGACAACAGCCACUGGGAGAAGACGGAGACAUGAUUAGUUACAAGUUAAGAGUUGAGCAAAACACUGAAUCCUCAUGCCUUACCAGCCACAAUGCUACCUGCUUAAGCUUCUAAAGCACAGUUUUCCUCCUCCUUGGGAAUUGCAGGUCAGUCGCUAGAACAAUGGGUUAAUUUGAAGGAUAUUUGGCAAAACCUUUACACAAAGAUUGAAUUUGUAUGCCGUGGAAUCACAAGAGCAUGGUCAUAACCAGAAUAUAGGUAAUCAAUGUGUAUUACUGUCCCUCACUGUCAACAUUAGUCAUUGUUUUAACUGUGCAUUGACAGUUUAGGUUCUACUCUGAGUCCAUAAAAUAGUUCAAUGAACCUCAUGAUAACUGUCCAUGACCAAUGACCCACAGUGUUCCGAUGCCUGUUCCCCUAGAAAAAGUAGCACUGCUUUUCUCAAAGCAAUUCUUAGGUUCUUUUCCCCCUUUCGUCAUGUUCGGCUUUCAAUGUCACUCUUUUUUUGAGUACUAGUCUGCAGAUAUACGGUAGUUCGCUAUAGCGAUGUAAUAAUAACAUGCAGUGAUGUCCAUUACUGAUAGGUGGCAUUGUGAGUAUGUAUGGUAGAUGUAACGUAGCUUUGUGAAUGAUGUUGUCGCUGGCUCCCUGGGUUGUUGAACCAGAAGUGAUAGUCAUUAACGAUAAAAAAAAAUAAAAAAAAUAAAACAGGAAACAAGAUUUAAAUAAAAAAACACAU